CUCUCUUUAGGUCCACCAAUCUCACCUUUCAUCCCCAACCAUGUUCAACCUGCUUUCUGCGCCGGCGACCGUGCCUCCAUCUCGGGCGACUGUUGCAACGGACGUUUUCUGGGAGGAUCCCGCUUCUUCUCCAUCCCUAUUUGAUUUUUCCUGUGAGACUCCAUUAACUCGGAGCCCCAGAAUGCUCAGGUAGUUUCAGAAAAUAGUAGAAAAGGAGUCCGGAAAGCUUCAAAAUCCAUGUUCAACAUAUCCAAAUAUGCAAAACUUAUCAUGUUCUGCAAUGUAUCAAAUAUUGGGAGAUCAUCAGUUGUAAAUUUGCAAUCAAAACCCAUCUCCACCACCCCCGUCCCAACUCAUCAGCACAUUGCCCAUCUCAUACUUGAACAGAAAUCAGCGUCCCAAGCCCUUCAAACCUUCAGAUGGGCCUCAAAUCUCCCCAAUUUCAUCCACAAUCAGUCGACCUACAGAGCUUUGAUCCACAAGCUCUGCUCCUUCCGUCGCUUUGAAACUGUAAAGGAAGUGCUCGACGAAAUGCCCAGCUCAAUUGGGUCUCCCCCAGAUGAGAGUAUUUUUGUCACAAUUGUGCGAGGCCUAGGACGUGCCCGAAUGGUCAGACAAAUGAUUAAAGUGCUUGAUUUGAUUACUAAGUUUGGAGAGAACCCGUCUUUGAAGAUUUUCAAUUCCAUACUCGAUGUUCUUGUUAAGGAAGAUAUUGAUUUAGCUAGGGAGUUUUAUAGGAAGAAGAUGAUGAUGAAUGGUGUUUCAGGUGAUGAUUAUACUUUUGGGAUUUUGAUGAAGGGGCUGUGCUUGACGAAUAGAAUAGGUGAUGCCUUUAAGCUUCUGCAAGUGAUGAAAUCACGGGGUAAAACACCAAAUACUGUGAUAUACAAUACAAUGAUUCACGCCCUUUGCAAGAAUGGGAAGGUUGGGAGGGCUAGGAGCUUGAUGAAUGAGAUGGUGGAGCCCAGUGAUGUUACCUUCAAUGUUUUGAUAUCCGCUUAUUGUCAAGAAGAGAAUUUAGUUCAAGCUCUUGUGCUGUUGGAGAAGAGUUUCUCUAUGGGGUUUGUUCCUGAUGUUGUUACAGCAACUAAGGUGGUGGGAAUUCUCUGCAAAGCAGGCCGAGUCACAGAGGGUGUAGAGGUUUUGGAAAGAGUGGAGAGCAUGGGUGGUGUGGUCGAUGUGGUGGCUUAUAACACCCUGAUUAAGGGCUUUUGUAUGCUAGGCAAAGCAAAAGUUGGGCAUCGUGUUUUGAAGGAUAUGGAGAUUAAGGGUUGUCUUCCAAAUGUAGACACAUACAAUAUUCUGGCAUCUGGGUACUGUGAUUCUGGGAUGUUGGAUUCAGCGAUUGACCUGUUUAAUGACAUGAAAACUGAUGGAAUCAACUGGAAUUUCAUGACAUAUGAUACAUUAAUAAGAGGUCUGUGUUCAGGAGGAAGGAUGGAAGAUGGAUUCAAGAUUUUGGAACUAAUGGAGGAAAGUAGAGGUGGAGCUGGGGGGCGUAUUAGUCCUUAUAAUAGUAUAAUAUAUGGAUUGUAUAAGAAAAACCAAUUUGAGGAAGCACUUGAAUUUCUAACCAAGAUGGAGAAAUUAUUUCCUAGAGCUGUGGACAGGAGCUUAAGGAUUUUAGGUUUCUGCAAUGAGGGCAGUAUUGGGGAUGCAAAGAGGGUUUAUGAUCAGAUGAUCAAGGAGGGGGGUGUUCCAAGUGUCCUUGUUUAUGUCUGCCUAAUUCAUGGAUUUUGCCAAGAUGGGAAUGUGCGGGAGGCAUUUGAACUAAUAAAUGAGAUGGUGGAUCAUGGUUAUUUUCCCACAGCACCAACUUUUAAUGCUCUGAUUAGUGCAUUUUGUGGGCAAGGAAAAGUUGGAAGUGCUUUAAAGCUCAUGGAAGACAUGGUUGGGAGAGGUUGCUUGCCUGAUAUGGGAAGUUAUAGUCCUAUGGUUGAUGCGCUUUGUAACAAAGGGGAUUUCCAAAAGGCUGUUAGGCUUUUUCUGCAAAUGGUAGAAAAAGACAUUCUUCCUGAUUAUUCUACAUGGAACUCAAUGCUUCUUUGCCUGACACAAGAAACAGUGUGGUUAGAAGGCGAUAAUUUGUUUCAUGUAAAUAAUUUAUUGUAUUCAAUUUUGGAGGGUUAAAUCAUUGGUGAAGGAGGAUCCCAUUCUGUUGACAAAUGAUAUAAGUAUAUGAUAAUCAAUGAACAGUGAUAGCUUAUUGCUAGAAAGCUGCAAAAUAGGAUGUUUAUGCUUCAUAAUUUAUCUGUUUUCGAGAUUUGACAAUCCUCGACUUACAAUGUUUUUUCUAGUGGUUCUUUCUGAUUUGCAGCUACAACUACAAGAUGGCAAAUAUGGCGCAUUUGGGGAGUAAGCCAAAACAAUGCAAAGUCCAAAAAACUAGAGAAGAGCAAUGAUAGGUAAGCUAAACUAGUCCAUAAGGCAGUUAAUCCCAAGUUCCUCUAAACCCCAGUUUUUAUGGGAAUUCAGGGGAUCUAUUCAUAUCUGGCUACUUGGAAUGACAUAGAUAUAUUAAGGCUAUGUUUGGUUCCCGGAAAAUGCGAGAGAAAGAAAAUUGGAAGGAAAAAUGAAAAGAAAGAAAAAGGUAAGGAAAGUAAUAUAAAUUUUUUCGCUUGUUUGGUUAUCCAUGAAAAAUUCAAGGGAAAAAAAGGAUUAUUUUCUUUUGUUUGGUUAACUAUGAAAAAAAAGUCAAAGAAAAAUGAAAGAAAAAUAAAUUCAAUAAUUUGUCUUUAUCAAUUUAUAGAAUAAUAAAAUAAAUUUUAUAUUUUUAUUUUCUAAAAAUCAAGGCUGUGCUGAGCCAAGUUUGCUGGUCAAAGUCUGUGCACUUGGUUGCAGGGUCCAGGGUUUGGUUGAGUUGUUGAAUGGUGUCUUGAUACUGCUUCAAGCAAUCAGCCCAUGCAGCCUUCUCGCGCUCGUUGCGGCACUUGGACCCCAGCCACUUGUUGUGGCUCUGCGCGGUGAGGGCUCGCUCCAUGGCCACCUCCAUAGCCAUCUUUCGGAACUCGGACUUCUGCUUGGGCGCAUUGUACUUGUGCCCACCAUGGCUCAUGAAGUACUUGCAUGGUGCCGGAUAUGGCGUUUUGUCGCACCACCAGUUGACGUCGCCGGAGUCAGAAGCCGAUAGGGUGGAAGAGAAAAAUGACAAGGAAAGCAUAAAAAUUGCAAAUAACCCGAGCUUUAUCGCCAUUACAGGGGUUGUAUUUCUCUAGGUUGCAGUGACUGUGGCUCUGGUGACGGGCUUGUUUAUAUGGAUAGUGAAGUGAUGGGAUACAGGUUGGCUUGUUUUGAAUAUGACUAUGAGGAAUAUGCAAAUAAAUAAAUCAUGUUUGUGAA